CGGGAUGGCGCCGGGGCUGCUGGACCUGGUGCACUUGACAACCUGGGCCGUGUGUGCCGUGAUCAAGCUGCCGCAGCUGGUGGCGGUGCUGAGGGCCGGCUCGGCGUGGGGACUCAGCGUGAGCAGCCUGCUCCUGGAGCUGGCCGGCCUCCUUGUGUUUCUGAGGUACCACAUCUAUUAUGGUUACCCCCUGGAGACGUACCUGGAGUUUCCUGUCGUCAUUGCACAAGAUGUCAUUCUCCUUGGCUGCAUUAUGCAUUUCAGUGGAAAAGUGAGACGAGCUUGUUUCUAUGCACUCAUAUAUUGGGUGGGCUGGUAUAUGAUAACACUGCAGAAGUGGAUAAUAGACCUGGCCAUGAAUCUGUGCACACUCGUCAGUGCAGCCAGUAGGCUGGUUCAGCUGCAGCAUCUCUGGGAGACCAAGGAUGCCAGACAAGCGAACGCCCUGACCUGGGGCAUGUCUGUGUACGCCUCUGCAGCAAGAAUUAUUACAACUCUAAUGACUACAAAUGAUUAUGCAGUUCUCAUCCGUUUCAUAGUCAUGCUCAUUCUCAAUAUUUGGGUCACAGCCACAAUCCUGCACUACAGGAAGAUUAAAAAGACUGAUUAGACGACACUCAUCAGCACACAUAUCAUUACCAUUAAAAAAAUAUAAUUAAGCCUAACGAAUUUAAGAAUUCUUCAAAGACUGAGGAAGCUCUCUUUCUCUAGUAUUUACCCUUUAGCGUA